GCAGUGCCACAUCCCACGUCGGGGAGGCGCCAAACAACAGGGAAACUAGAGGGAGGAGCGAGCGCUGCUGCAGGUCUACUCACUAAGCUAACUAAAGUCCAUCAUCAAGCUAGUUAGCGGGGCGAUGUGGUUAACGCUAACGGUGAUGCACUAGCAACAAGAGAGUAUGGACUAGCUUGCUGAUCAGCAAGAUAAGUCCGAAGAGUUAUUCCGCUGUCUUGACAAUCAUCAUCAUUAAGUAGUGGAGCUUUUCACCUGGCUGUAAUUAGCUUCUUCAUUCAUGAGGUCGCUGGUGCACGGAGGAUUUUGAGCUGUGUGAGUGGCGGGCAAGCUCAGUCAUCAGCUCGCAGGGACAACACGGCUCAGUCACCGAGUAGCAGCAUGGUGGUCCCGAACAGUGCCAGCGUGGUCCCUCAGCCUGACAAUGGUAGUCCGACUAGCCUCACGGAGAGCAACGAGCCCGGGUGCGAGGUGUCAGGGGAGGGAGGUCAAGACCUGGCAGGGGUGGAGCUGGAGGAGGUCCGAAAGCUGCAGGAGCUUGUACGAAGGUUGGAGGUCCAGAAUGAGAGCCUGCGAAACAGGGGAAGCAAGACCAUCAUCCACAGAGGCGCCAACAGUAACCUCACAGCUGCUGUCAACAUCAACGAGAGGCUGACUUGUGAAGAGGUGGCCAACUCCCAGCUCAGGUUCGAGCACAGCAGCGAGCUGAGCAGCACGGACUUGAUGCUCUCACCCCCUCAUGACAGCAGCAGCGGGGAAGAGAUGUCCCCUUUGCCUGAGGCCAGCAAACUGGAGGAAGAGGAUCUGUGUGGGGGCUUUCUAAAGUUGACCUGCAGCAAUGGAGCAGGACAGACUCAAGGGCAGAGCCAGACGCCAGAGAGCCCCUCUCAGGAAAGUUACGAGUCAGAGACACUUGCAGAGAGCGACUCAGGGGUGGACCAAACUGCACUGGAUGAAGUGGAUGUCCUAGAUUUGGAGGAUGAGUGUGCAGACAUAGAGGACGAGGAGAGCUGGUUAUAUGUGUCGCCUAAAAAGCAAGUAACAGACGCAGGCCCAGACUCUCCGCUGAAGUGGUGUCGGCAGGUUCUUGACCAUCGCAGCCCCGAGACAGAGAUGGCUUGUAGGACUCUGAUCAGCCGCUUGGACCAGACAUCUCGAUGGAGGAACAUGUACAGCAGCCCAUCGGAGGCGGGCUCGGCAGGCUCAGGCCUGAUCUCUCCUGGGUACCACAAAUCAACUAACAAAUCCCUACUAACCUGUGGCGCCUCAGGCGUCACAAGCAUGCCCUCAGCUUUGAGCUCCCAGUCCUCCAUAGACAGUGAGCUCAGCACAUCAGAUGACUCCAUCUCAAUGGGCUAUAAGCUGCAGGAUCUCACUGAUGUCCAAAUCAUGGCUCGUCUACAGGAAGAGAGUCUGAGGCAGGAUUGUGCUUCCAGCUCAGCCUCUGCGUCGCGCCGUAGCUCCACAGCGUCUCUGCAGUCUUUGCGCCGGGGCGGUACAUACAGUGACCAGGAGUUUGACAGUUACAGCCUGGAAGAUGAAGAUGAUGAGUUCUCCUCCGUGCCCCAGCGACGGCAUCGUUUCACCCCCUCGCCGUUAGGCUCACCUCGGUGCCUCUCGCCCUCCACUUCUAACCACGGUCAGGAAUACAGCAGCCAACUCAGGGCCCCACGCACAAGAGCACCCAGGCGGUCUCUCCAGGGCCCCAGUGCGGAGUUGCUUAAAUUUGCCAAGAGUGAGGAGGAGUUGAGGCACAGCAUGCCUAAUCUGGCCCCCCGCACCAGCCUACGUUCCCUGGAGGCAGUCAGAAACAGCCGCAGCAUGGAGGCUAACCUCCAGAGCUCUGGCAACCGCAUGUCUCCCCUGACUCACUCCCCCUCCACAGGUAUGGUUUGUAGUCGGCUGCGAAGCAGUGGCCAGUCUCCUCUUUCCCUGCGGACUCCAGUUAAAGCGGUCACUCCUGUGGGCUCCUUAGCAGCUGGUCGUCAGACUUCCAGAGGUUUACCUGUUGCCCAAGCACCCCCAGCAGGGGGGGGGCGCAGGAUCCAGUCGCCAGGUUCUGCUAACGGAGGGACCUACGCAUCUGGGAGGGCUUCAGCUGGGACAGGAAGGCCCACAGUGGGACGAGGUCAGGCUGUGUCCUCAGCCUCCACAAGAAGUAAACUUUCACACCCUCAGAGGAGGGCUUUGGGCAUGGCCAAAAUGAAUCCUGAUGAAUCCUGGAAAGAUGGCUGCUACUGAGGUCUCCUGGCAAUGGAGGAUGUUUACUGCUGCAACCAUUACCUGACUUCUCUCCCCCUUACCUCUAAAUACAAACAGUCACUGUGUCCACAAAUGUGUCAUGCAACCUCUCAGCCCCACCCCCACCCCUCAAAUUUCAAACUGGAACACUGGGCUGCACUGGAUUUGUAGUUGAUCUCUUUCCAUUGCAUGAAACACUGUCAACCCACACUGAGAGAGGAUGUGUAGGCAGACAAGAAGACACGUGCACACUCCACUUCUUAUAUGGACCAAAUCGGAGCUUCCAGAAGAUAUGCUUGUGUCAGUUUUACUUAUUUUUCUAUGGUAAUUUGUGAGAAACUGUUGGAAUAUUAAGGGGUGUAUUAAUGUUCUGUUGAUGUAAUUGAUAUGAAGACAAUUUAAAUGAAGAUAUUACUAGUGUGUCCAUUUUCUGUGACUCAUUCUAGAUGAAGGUGCUGAGUAUUGCAUGCUUGGUUUUGUUUUCCCUGAGCCCAAAUGCCUUUUCUUCAUUCUAUACCUGCAGUAUGAGAAAACUUUCAUGUUUCCAACAACUAUCUUUGCGAAUUUAUGAAUGUUUGAGUGGUUCAUAGUGAAAAUUAUCUUUAGAAUUGUGUUGUAUUUGUGUUUUGCUGUUUGCUUACAUGGCAACACAACUCCUGUAAACCACACUGUCCUUAUGAAUUAUUAUAAAGAAGGAAAAAAAAAAAAUGGUUUGUGCCAAGGUGCAAUUACGGCUGUGAUUCCUUUAUUCCCAAACUAAUUUUAAGUUGGUAAAGGUACUGUUAAGUUUUCAAAAGCAUUUUUACUGCAUAUCUGCAUUUCAAUUUGAGUGUCUGCCUUUGGAAAAACACAGUAACAGAUGUUUAUGCACAAAGGCCUUCUGCCUUAGUCAGCUAUGCACCCUCAUGAAGAGUGCCUCUGAAAAUUUGGAGCUGUAAUGAAAACGAUUAAUAAAGUCUACCCUG